UGAUGACCAUUGUCCUUAUUGUGGAGGACCACACUCAUGGCAAAAUUGUUUGAAUUCCCCCAGGGGCGGAUUAUGCGCACAAUCCCAAACCUAUGAGUGGAGUAUUUGUGAUAGGCGUGGUGGUCAAAAUGGUCAUUGGGCUAAUUGUGCUUAUUUGUCCUUCCCUUCCCCGAACCCUCACUAUGACGAUUCUACUUUUGAUUUUGAGGAUGAUAGGGAUAUGGAAGUGGAGGAAGUCUCAAAUGCUCAAAAUGAGAGGAUAAUGCUCAUGUUAGAGACCAUCCUUGAAAAAGUGGAAACACAGAACUUAGCAGUUAAGGGCUUGAAGCAAGCACUUAAUGACUUGAGUCAAGCAAUUAAUUGCAACGACAAAGCUAUUCACACCUUGGAGGAUCAAAUGAAAUUAUUGGUUGAGGCUCAUAAUGCUCAUUAACUUGAGGGUGUUGAAAGUAGUCAAGAAAGGUCCAUAUUUGAAGGAGAAAGCGAGCUUCAUUGUGAGAAAUCAAAAAUUGAACAUCUGGCAACCAACUCUAUGCUUAUUGGAGAUGCCGGAGAAGAAAGGGAAUUAGAGUCAAUCGGUGUCAUGGAAAAUGUUGAAAUUGACUCUAGUUCAUUUGGGAGUGAGGAUGUCAAAGAUAGUGCAAGUUUAAAAUUUGAGCGCAUUGGACCACAUUCUAACCAUUUUUCAACAUUGUGCUUGGAGGGUGAUAUGAAAAUUGAACCACCUGAGCCUAUGAACGAAUUUGGUGAUGAAAACCAAUGUGUUUUUAUUUUGAAGUUUGUUAUGCCAAGAAGACAAAAUGGCAUUCCUCACUUAAAGGCCAAAAAGUGCAAAAUGCGAUACUCGAGAGUUGGCCUCCUUGCUUUCCUACCACCGCCUCACGAGCAUCACCGGAAUCUUGAUUCAAAGUUGGGGCGCAAAUUCAUAUCUUCCAAAUGGAAGGAAAAGUGGAUGCAAGGUUGCAAGGAAGUGAAGGGGAAAACAAAUACAAAAAUGGACUCUUGGAAAAAUUGGAAAAGGAAACAAGAACCAAAGGCAGGGGUGAAUUUGCGGCCUUGAUGUGGCACCGCAUCUCCGGAUGCGGCGAAAAGUUGCGGCCGCAUCUUCACCCCACAAAAAGGCAGUGACCAAUGUAAAAACAUGAAGUUUGCGAGCAAGUUGCGGCUCCGCAUCUCACUUAUGGGUCGCAACUCUGCUCGCCUCUAUCAGCCAUUGCCACGUCAGGUAAAUGGAAAUUGCGGAGGGAAUGCGAGGUUGCAAACUUGAAAUGUGACCG